CGCGCCGCGAAGGAGCCGCCUCUGGGAUCGCGCCGGGAUUUGGGAUCGGCGGGGCCGGGCGGGGGCUGCGGGGCUGAGCGAGGACACCGAGCCGGGAGUUUGGGGUCGUCCGAGGUGGGAUAUUAAGGUAGAAGGGUUUGUAGGGCGGCGGGGUUUGGUUCUUUAAAGGAGUUGGGGGGGGGGGUCCCCGUGGCUGGAGCAUCUCUAGAAAGGGGGGUUUCGGGGGGUUCCCACCCUCCUUUUGGGAUGGUUCUGUAAGGGGAGGGGGUUUAACCCCUCUAGAGAGCUCUGCAAGGUGGGUCUUGGGGGGUUUAACCCCCCUCCGCAGCUGGGGUAGCUCUGUAAGGGGAGUUAUUGGGCGUUUAAACACCCUCGUUUUUUGGGGUCGCUCUGCAAGGGGAGGGGGGUUUAACCCCCCAACGGCAGCUGAGGAAGCUCUGAAAACGGAGUUAUUGGGGGUUUGAACCUUUUCCCCCCAUUUAGGGUCGUUCUGCAGGGAGGUUUGGGGGGGUUUAACAUCCCCCUCCCAUUUCGGGCAGUUCUAUAAGGAGGGUUUGAGAGACUUUAACCCCCCUCCCGAGCUGGGGUAGCUCUGAAAAGGGAGUUAGUGGGGGUUUGAAUCCUCUCCCCCCAUUUAGGGGGGUUUUGGGGUUUUCCCCUAUCUGGGUUAGCUCUGAAAGGAGAGUUUUUGGGAGUUUAAAGACCACCCCCCCCAUAUUGAGGGUAGCUCUACAAGGGGGUUUGGAGAGGUUUAAACACCCUCCCUAUUUAGGGCAGCUCUUGCAAGAGGAGUUUAAAUCCCCCCCAAUAUUCAGGGCAGCUCUUGCAAGAGGAGUUUAACCCCAUAUUUAGGGUAGCUCUGCAAGGGGAGUUUGGGGGGGUUUAACUUCCCCCCCCCCCCCAUCUGGGGUAGCUUUAAAAGGGGGGUCUGUGGGGUUUAUGUCCCGCCUUUCCCUGGGAUAGCUCUGCAGGGGCUGGGGGCUCACAUCUGGCCAGAUGUGAAGUGCAGGGGGCUUUCCAGCAGAACAGAGCAGGGAUUAGAGGGGGUUUAAGCCCCCUCCUAAACCUAGGACGGGACUGGGGGCUAGUCCGGGACAACCAGAGCAGCCCAAGGAAGGGUCACUGAGCCCCAAACCGCACUGUGGGGUCAAGAGGAGCCCCCAAACCGCACUGUGGGGUCAAGAGGAGCCCCUAGCUGUGGGUCAGCCCUCCACCCACCCUGUGGAUGCUGCAUCCCUGGAGAUGAUGCCCCCUGAGGAGGAGAACCUGGAUGGCCCCAGGAAAGGGGACAGGGACAGUGGCCUCAUCCUCCUGCACGGCCCCAAGAGCGGCAGCACUCGGAAGCAGGGCUGUGAUCCCUUCGCCCAAACCCAACGGAGCAAACUCCAACAUCGCCGGGCCCGGAUCAACCAGCAGAUCAACAAGGAGAUGAGGAUGAGGGCGGGAGCAGAAAACCUCUUCAGGGCCACCAGUAACCACAAGGUGAAGGAGACAGUCGCCCUGGAGCUGAGCUACGUCAACUCCAACCUGCAGCUGCUCAAGGAGGAGCUGGAGGAGCUCAACAGCAGCGUGGACGUGUAUCAGAACGACAGUGAGUCCAUCAGUGUUCCCAUGAUCCCUUUGGGAUUGAAGGAGACCAAGGAGCUGGAUUUGCUGGUUCCACUGAAGGAUUUCAUCAGUGAACACUAUGGAGAGGAAGGUGUCCUGUUUGAGAAAGAAAUCAAGGAUUUCAUGGAGCUGAGGCAGGCCAUGCGCACCCCGAGCCGCAACGAAGCCGGGCUGGAGCUCCUGAUGGAAUAUUACAACCAACUGCACUUCCUCGACAGCCGCUUCUUCCCUCCCACCAAACCCCUGGGGGUCUUCUUCCACUGGUACGACUCCCUGACGGGGGUGCCAUCCCACCAGCGGGCACUGGCCUUCGAGAAGGGCAGUGUCCUCUUCAACCUGGGGGCCCUGCACACCCAGCUUGGGGCGCGCCAGGACCGCGCCACCCUGCCCGGCCUCGCCCAGGCCAUCGACGCCUUCCAGAGGGCAGCGGGUGCCUUUAACUACUUGAAGGAGAACUUCUCCAACGCUCCCAGCCUGGAUAUGAGCGCUCCUUCCCUGAACAUGCUGGUGAGGCUGAUGGUGGCCCAGGUCCAGGAGUGUGUCUUUGAGAAGAUGACCUUGCUCCGUGCCCAGAAUGACUUCCUGGCCCGGCUGCAGCUCGCUCAGGAGGCGGCAAAGGUGGAGGACGUCUACUCGCUGGUGCACCAGACCAUGACCCAGCCCCACGUGAAGGACUAUGUUCCCUUCUCCUGGACCACCAUGGUCCACGUCAAGUCAGAGCAUUUCAAAGCCCUCUCCCACUACUUCGCUGCCAUCGCCCUCUGCGACUGCCCCGUGCCCUCGGAAUCUGAGCUCCCAGAGCAGGAGAAGGCUUUCAUGCAGUUCCAUGUCACCAUGCCAGAGGGACCAUCGCUCCGUGUCCUGCUGCAGGAUCCCGAGGAGAGGAGGAAGCUGGGCAAAGCUCACCUGAAAAAAGCCAUCAUGAAGCACGAGGAGGCCAUGAGGAUCCACGGGUUGUGCAAGAUCCUCAGGAAGAUGGACAUCCUGCAGGAGGUCCUGUCCUUCGCCCACAAACGCUCCCUGAGCAAAUACUCGGAGAUCGACCACGAGGAGGAUUUCUUCGAGACGGGAGAUGCCCCAGACAUCCACCCCAAAACCCACCAGAAGCCUGAGAUCAAACCCCCCAACUUCUCCCAGGUGAAGGUGACUGACCUCUUCCACAGGCUGGGACCCCUGUCAGUCUUCUCUGCCAAAAACAAGUGGUAUCCAGCCAGGAGAGUCCACCUGAGGAGGGGAGAGAAUGGAUUUGGGUUCACCCUGAGAGGAGACUCCCCCGUCCUCAUCGCCGGCGUCAUCCCGGGGGGCUGCGCUGCCGCAGCCGGGCUGAAGGAGGGGGAUUACAUCGUCUCAGUCAAUGGCAAGGACUGCAGGUGGGCCAAGCACGCCGAGGUCGUGCAGCUCCUCAAGAGCACCGGCGACGAGGGCGUCGACAUCGGGGUCAUCACCCUGCACGGCUCCCAGGCCCCCAGGGCUCAGGUGGACAAGAAGGUGGCAGGGAUGUCCUCGGGGAUGCUGAAGAGCAACAAGGAGAACAGCAGGAAGAGCCUGAUGAACAGCAAGAGCCCCAGCACGCUGCUGGUGUGGAGCAAGAAGAGCAAGCGCAGCAAGAAGAGCACCUACAGCGGCGUCCCCUUCACUGCCGUGGGGGACAACGAGGCCAUGUACUGAGGGGCUCACCGGGCUCUCCUGUGUCCCUCCAGCUCCAGGACUGGCUGUCUGGGAAGCCUUGGAAGCACCAGUGGCCUGGCUGGGCUGUGCCGGUGUCGGGGCUGCCAGGACCCCCCGUCUGGGGGACGGAUCCUCUUGGAAAAGGACUCCUCCAUCUCCCAGCUCUGGACUCCUCCAUGUCCCAGCUCAUCCCUCCUCAGCGAAACAAUGGGAAAACCCUGA